AUGGCAUCCAAGUGUGUUCACAAAGGGUGCGGCAAGGAAUUCUCCAAUGCGGAUGAAGACUGCGUUUACCAUCCGGGGCCACCAGUGUUCCACGAGGGGCAGAAGGGCUGGAAAUGCUGCAAACCCCGCGUCCUCACCUUUGAAGAAUUCCUGACAAUCCCACCCUGCACCACCGGCAAGCACUCAACGGUCGACGACACACCCGUCGAGCCUGCGCAGCCAGCACCCGAGAAUGCCGCUGCUGAGAUCCCCGCCCCUCAACGAGUGACUGCUGAGCCGUCGCGACCAGCUGCCGCCCCGGCCGUUGCGCCUACGCCUCCUGCCCCCGCUACACCAGUCCCCGAAGAGCCGGAAGACGACGACCCCUCUCUCGAGAUCCCCGCGAAUGCUACUUGUCGCAGGAAAGCGUGCAAUGCGGGCUACGAUCCGUCGAUACCGCGGGAGGAGGAGAAAUGCGUGCACCAUCCCGGACAGCCUAUUUUCCACGAGGGGAGCAAGGGAUGGUCGUGCUGCAAAAAGAGGGUGUUGGAGUUUGAUGAAUUUUUGAAGAUUCAGGGUUGUCAGGAGCGGACGAAGCACUUAUUUGUUGGGAAGGGGAAGCCGGCUGGGGAGGAGAAAGUCGAGACUGUGAGGAGUGAUUUCUACCAAACUCCCGCAUCGGUGAACGUUUCGCUUUACCUGAAGAAAAUUGACAAGGAACACGCCAAAGUCAACUUCUCCGGCAACUCGAUCGACUUUGACCUCCCGACUACCGACAACAAGCGAUUCAAGGAUACAUACUCAUUGUUUGCGCCAAUUGAUCCUGAGAAGUCGCAGUUCCGGGUGUUGGGUACGAAGUUGGAGUUGACAUUGGCCAAGGCGGACGGCACGAGCUGGCCGGUGCUGCGCAGCGAUGAUAAAUGGAGCGGAGAAAGGAUUCAGAUUGGCAAUGCUGGACGGGUGUAA